AUCAGGACAUGUUGAAAAUAAAUCAAGACUCAUAGGGAGCAUUCAAAUGAAGUUUCAGUUAUGCCAGGCAUAUAAAAAAGGCCAAAGUCCCAUUUUGAACUGUUAUUGGAUACCACGUAUAAAAAUCAAGGAACAGCAGCUGUGUGAGUCAGUGGCCGUGGAGACGUGUGUUGGGCUACUUGGGGUCGUCUGGACAAACAUUACCCAUCGUCGGACACCACCGGACAUGACCAAAUGAAAAUGUGUAAGGCUGCCCCUGGCGAAGUCGUCGUCGUCGCCUCCGCCGCACAAUUAUUACUUCAACUUUUCAUUUGGGUCUCUCCACUCUGCGGGUUUUACUGGAGUCUGGAGGUGCUGCAGGAAACCAGGAUGGCCGGAUGGAAGGAUACUCCUGGCCACGGCUUGUAAUUUCGCUUCCUGCGUCUCAUUUUUCAUAUUUCAGCGCUUUGAGUGCCAUUUGGCAAACUGCAAAACUGGAAACGGCAAAAGGGCAAAAGGCGACUGGCCAACAAGGGAGAAGGACUGGAAUGGGUGAGUGUGGGACAUGUUCUUGUGCCAACAGACAAACCUCAAAGUGGAAUCUGGAAGGGCGCUGCCAUCCAAAGAUUUCGACCACCAUAACCAGGGUCACUUCUCUGUAGGAAGGUAUUUGUCAAUCGAAUCACUUUUUGCUAAGGUAUUUGAUACUCCCGUUCUUAAUAGUUUGUUAUUUGAGUUGGAAUACUUCACAUUCCGUUUUUCACAUCAUUUUUAAAUACUUGGGUAUGGUUAU